AGCCCAUGCAGAAGCAUCAUCUUCCGUGAAUCAUGAUGUGCCCACCACCAUGGAUGAGAAAAUGAGAAACAGAGAAGUAGCGAAUGAAGGGAGCGAUGAGGAGAAAGCUCUAGAGUCCAAUAAUGUUUCUCAGGCAGAAGGAAAGAAGAAAAAGCAGCGUUCUGGAUUUCGAGACCGUAAGGUGAUGGAAUAUGAAAACAGGAUCCGAGCUUACUCUACUCCAGAUAAAAUCUUUCGAUACUUUGCCACAUUGAAAAUCAUCAAUGAGCAUGGAGAGUCGGAAGUAUUUAUGACCCCACAAGAUUUUGUGCGAUCUAUAACACCAAAUGAAAAGCAACCAGAAAAUUUAGGUCUUGAUCAAUUUGUGGUGAAACGCUACGAUGGAAAGACAGAGAGAAUCUCCCAGGAACGUGAGAAGUUUGCUGAUGAAGACAGCAUCUUUUAUGCCCUUGGAGAAUGUGGCUUGAUUUCCUUUUCCGAUUACAUCUUCCUCACAACAGUUCUGUCAA